UAUAAAAUUAAAAAGUGUCAAUAGUGUAUUUUGAUAGAUAGCAUUAUAUUUUUUUAAUGUUUUUCUAAUAAAAAUAAUAUGAUGUUCAAGUUAAGUGAAGAGUAUUAUUUGAGGAAAUGUUUUCUUGAGCGUGAACAAGUCCCGACCCAAACAGUGAUGAGGAAUAGGAUGUCACCAUCAUUCGCAAAUGUUUAUUUUAAGUCAAUGACCCCGAAGUUAAAAGUACUCGCUGGUUUAGAACCACCUAUGAAAGGUGGUGGCAGUGAUUGGUUCGUGCCACCCGGAGAACUUUUAAAGGGACGGGCCGUCAUGAAACCUGUGAAAAAAGAGUAUCUUUCAAAGUUAGGGUGCGACGGCAUUGGUUUGUUUGGAGAGAAGUUAGUUGAAAUUCAGAAUAAGAAAAUGGAAGCGGAAAAAAAAUAUUUGCUUCAACAAAACGACAUAAAUUGGAAGAAAACUAUUAAAGCGACUUGCCGCCAACAAUGGGCCGAUUGUUCUAAAGAAGCUGCUAAACAAAAUACUAUUAAAAUUCAACAAGCCUUCCACGAAUUUACAACAUUGUAUACUACGUCUAUAUCUAAAAUGGAAUUGAUACUUCAUGAGGCAACUGUGAAAGAAAUCAAAAGAGUUAAAGAAGAGGCCUACAAUAAAAUGAACCUUCUUUACAAAAGAUUGUUGAAGCAGCAAGCCACAAUGCUGUAUGACGAAUAUACUGAAAAAUUGUUAAAAGAGAAGGCUGAUCUUAAAUCCCAAUUUAUACAAAAUGUAGACGAAGCAAGGUCGCUUACGGUAGAACAAAUACAUGACAUAAACGUUGAAAAACAUGUAGUUGUAGAGAAGUUAAGAAAUUUUCUGGAAUGUCAAAACUUAGCUUGUCAAGUGUACGUAGCUUUGAAAGAAAGAGAAGAGUGUAAAAAAGAAAUGCAGCUAUCAACGCACGAACACAAUAAGAAAGUAAAAUCUUUGUCAGAACAAAUAGCAAUGAAAGAUUUUGAAAUCCAGUUAGCAAAAGAAAAGGAGCGGAAAUGUCAAGAGUUCAAUAAGAUAUGGCAAAAAAAGGUAUGCGAAGUGGUUAAAAGAUUUCAACUAUUUGUUGCAUUCUGCCUAAACACCUUACCAGAACAUGCCGAGUUUUUCAUGAACAUGGAAAAAUUAAUGUUGUUGCAAUUGACUGAAGUAUUAGAAAAUCCUAGCGUUGAAAGUAUUUUUAUGGUUGAACAAGAUGAAAUGCAACAAACGCCAGUACCUCGACCACAUCCGUUCUAUCUCUUUUGUGAUAAAGGAUAUAAACCAAAACUUGAGCAAAAUCUCUGUCCGAAACGCUGUACUUCUAGUGCAUCACAACUGCCAGUUAUUGUUAUAAACAAAAGAUGCAUCUAUUCUGCUUGCGACAAUUUUGCUAUGUUCACAGAUAAAGUAAAGCAAUAUAUUCAGGGUCGCGGGGGAGAUGAUGAAGAUUUCAUUGAUGAUUAUGUUUAUGAGCAUGCGAUUCCUUUUAAAUUUACUUCAUCGCAGCAGCUCUUAGACUUGAAGUUAGAAAGCUCUAUUUUCCAAAUUUUACAAAAUGAAUUGCCAAACAUUAAUAAUGUUCCUCUUGAUUGUUGUAUUUGUAAAAUACCUUACUGUUUCUGUAAUCCACUGCAAGCAAAAAUGAUGCCAUCAAUUACUCGUAUAGAAACAGAUAACGAACCAACUGUAUGUAUAUCUUCGGGGAACAAGAUCGAAACUGUAAGUAUUGAAUUGAAACAUGAACGAGAACCAAAAUGGGAGAGUUUCAUGAAUUACAUCGAAUCUAAAAAAUGUACAUGCAGCAAAAAAGCCAAGAAACAUUUGAAAGAACAUGUUCCAAUUUAUAUGAGAAAAAUGUCUUGUUUCGAUUCACCUGAUUUGCCCAACUACGAAACAUGUUCUCUUACUACUUUAAAGAGAUUGGUGACGAAAGCUCAAGGCAUACCUUCUCCUUUGCCACAAUCUAAAUCACUUGAAAAAAAAACUAAAGAUACCAGCACCCAAUACACAGAACCAAAUUUCGAUUACCUGUGCAACUGUUUCUCCGAGAUUGAAGUAAAAAAACUUUUCCAUGAUAUUUUAAAAGGAUCACAAAUGUUCCACAUUGAAGGUGAAAACAAAUUUGAAGUAGUUGAUGGAUCAGUAACACCCUCACACUUAACAAAAAAUGCAAGCACGUUUGCAUUAGAUAGAGCUUAUUCUUUAAAAAAAUUAAUUGACGACUCGCCGCAAAUUGAGGAAAUAUUUAGAUUCAAUGACUGUCAUCAAUAGAAAUGAAUUCUUUUGUAACAUAUAUAAUAAACAGUACUAUUAUAUU